AUGUCUUCCAACGACCAGGAGUCCGCGCCCAAAGACCACGAGUCGGGGGCUGUCACUUCUCCGCAGAUUUCCCAACCGCAACAAACCCAACUCCCCGAAGCGUCUGUCCUAGUCGAAAAGCCCGUCGCUCAACCCGACUCUACUAUCCCGUCAGACCAUGCCCAGCCAAGCCAUGUACCCUCCGUAAGCCACCCCGCAGGUGGCGAAAGCGCUACCCCCGUGGAGGCGACCACCUUGUCAGCGAACGAUUCCGCGAUCGCGCAGCCCCAGAGUACAGAGCAGGCUUCCACGGAGUCUGAAGAGUUGAAGUCGGGCGCGGAUCUCUCGUCGGAACAGGAAGAUGCUGAGGGAAAAGAGGUUGAUGCUGGGCCUACCUUGCAUAUUACCCUGCUUUUGACAACGGGGUCGCGACACCCGUUUACCAUCGAUAGGCAUUAUUUGCAGAAGCGAUCCGUCAGCGUCGAGAAUCAGGAUCCCUUCACUAUGAGCGUGUAUACGCUAAAGGAAUUGAUCUGGCGAGAGUGGCGAUCUGACUGGGAAACUCGCCCUUCGUCUCCGAGCUCUAUUCGUCUCAUCUCCUUUGGUAAAUUGCUGGAUGACAAGUCGCCGCUCUCUGUCAUACUUACGCUACUCGCAGAAUCAAAAUUCAACCACGAUGCUCCCAAUGUCGUACAUAUGACUGUCAAGCCGCAAGAGGUUGUCGAUGAAGAGGAUGCCAAGGGUGCCAAGGCGCAGUACAGCCGAGGAGAUCGCGACAGCAACGAUCGUAGCCCUGGUUGUCGCUGCGUGAUCCUAUAG